GAUAUCGAUAUAUACGUGACCACAGCUGCCAGUCCUGAUGAGGAAAGUUAUUUCUGUUGCUACGAUGAAAAGCGUGAUAGUUAUGUGGGGUCAUCGUAUAGUAAUUUUUGGAUCAAAAAUACCGAGACCUUUGACCUACAGAAGGAGACAUUACAAGAACAGUACGAAUACAUUAAGACUAAUUCGUACGAUACUGUCGAUGCUAAACAACAUUAUUAUGAACACACACAACAGUAUGGCGACAUGGAAAUGGCCAAGUUACCUGUCUCACAAUUUUUAGGUUAUAAAACUUCGCCGACAAAUCCCAACAAUAUUAAUACAAUUAGUGGAUUUGGAAAGGGAUGUGAUGUGGUGUCCAAACCCGACGUGGCCAUACAUUUGUUACAAAAACGCAUUAACAAUGCUAGUGAUGUGUCAGAGAAAUUACGAUAUGUGAAAGAGUUGGAGAUUAUAUUAAAAGGUCGCGAAUACGUGGAUAACGUGUUGUAUGAAUACGUGAAUAGUAUUCAACACUUAAUACCAAACAUCGGCACCAAUGCUAUAAUCGAUACGAAACAUGAGCUCAAUAAUAGGCACUGUUAUCGACAACUGGUCGACACCUUCCAUCAAAACUGCUUUAAUUUGAGCCAGAAUCCAUACGUUUUAACAAAAAUGCAAAUAUUUGUGAAUAUUUGCGAACAAAUGCGUGACUCGAGUGAUGCGGACAUUGCUGUCAACCGAUUGACACAACACUGCGAUAGAAAUAUUAAUCACAAAACCGCUCAUCCCAUUCCCCGUCAUUUUCUCGGCACUGAAACGUACGGCGAUUUAGCUGUCGAUAGGAUGUCGUACUGA